AUGACAGCCCAGCCGCCUUCUCCCUCCAUCCUGAGGGAGUUCAGUCCGCUCUAUUACCUGCUGAACGCCAUCCCAGCCAAGGUGCAGCGGGGCUUCAGGUCUGUCCUGGUCUACCUGACGGCUCUGGACAGCAGCUCGGACUUCCUGGCGGUGGGCAGCAGCAUCGGCAUGCUGUAUCUGUACUGCCGCCGCCUCGCACACAUGAACAAGUACAGCGUGGAGGGAAAAUGUGACGCCAUCACGGCUGUAAAGCUGCUCAGCUGUUUCGAUGACCUGGUGGCGGCUGGAACAGCUUCGGGUCAGGUCACAGUCUUCCAGCUGGUGUCUCUGCUUCCCGGUCGGAACAAACAGCUCCGGCGUUUUGACGUCACUGGCUUCCACAAAGGCUCCGUCACGUCUCUGACCUGGAGCGCCAACGGGAUGAAGCUUUUCUCCGGCGAUGACAGGGGCCGGGUGGUGUUCUCUGUUCUGGACCUGGACCAGGGGGUGUGUAAACCUGUGCUGCUGCUGGAGGAGCCCUCAGGUGUGGUGCAGAUGGAAUACAAUCGCCAGAUAUUACUGGUCUCAACGCAGCAGAGGUCUCUGUUGUUCUGCACACAAACACAGGAGGUCUCACAACUGGGCACCAAAUCACACAGGAGCAGCGGCAGGUUUGGAGCCUGCUUCCUACCUGCACUCUGUAAGCAGAGCGACCUGCAGGUGUACGCCGCCCGAUCUGGACUCAAACUGUGGAGGUCAAAUGUCAAAGGUCAGGUGGAGGACACCCGCCUGCUCAAACCACUCUUCAACACUCAGAUACCUCAGUUUGAGUUGUUCUCUCGCCCCGGUCCGGUCGGAGCGUACCGCCCUGUAGAUCAACAGCUCGGUCUGCUCGGCUGCUUCCUCAAAGAGGGUUGGAUCCUCAGCUGGAACGAGUACUGCAUCUACGUGUUUGACUGCCUGAAUGAGGUCAUAAUAGGAGCGUUGGAAAGCAGUGGAGACAUAGUGUCGGUGUCGGCUUGUGACAACGAAAUCUUCAUCCUGAAGGGAGACCGAGACAUCAUCCGUCUUUCCAACACUCCUGAGGGCGUCGCGUCCAACCUGCCACAGCUCUGGAGUCAUCUGUCUUCACCUUUGACCUCACCCCUCGUCCUCCAGCCAACCGGAUCAGUGGGAACAGCUCAGCCAAUCAGAACGGUAGCCAUUGUCGUGGAAGAAGGGGACAAAGGGGAGUCGGGUGGCAGCGAGAAGCUGUCUCAGGAGGGAAGGCGUCAGGAUGAGGAGGGGGAAGUGUUAGUGCAGGAAGCAGAGGAGCUGGACGACCAGCUGGAGGUGACUGAGCUACGCCGGCCGUCUGGUUCGUUCAGCAGCGUUUGUUGUCUCAGCAGCUCCGUCACUUCCUGCAGCAGUCUUCAUGAAAACCCAACAGCUGCUGCUUCCUGCGAGCAAAGCUUCAGACGCUACAGCGCCCCGCUGACUCAGGACCGGAUGCAGCAGGAGCUGGUGGUGAAAGCCGUCCGAGUGAACAAGAAGAAGAGGAGACAGCAAGAUGGCAGCAACAGAAACAGUCUGGUUGAGACAAGCUGCUCAGACUCCGUGUUCGAAGUCCAAGAUGGCGACUGUAACAGCGAAGACAGUGGGACUCCUCCGGUCGACCUGGCCUCAUUGAAUGGCCUCGACGUUCAGAGCUGGAGUACUCUAGAGAAGGAAGCAGGGGAUGAAGGUUUGAGUAAAGUUCUGAAGGAUGGAGAAGAAGCAGAACGUUCCUUCAGCCAGUCUGACUCUGUCCUAGACCCCAGCUCCCUGCUCCUCCAUGGCCUGGAGGAUCAACAGAACCCAAAGAGAACCUCUGAUCCUUGUUCAGAGGAACCUGCCAUCCUCCCAACCCCGGAUGUAGACCAGCUGCUGGAGUGCUCCUUCUCCUACAUGAAGCGGUCCGAGGAGGACAGUGGGCGGCCGAACGAGCAGCAGGAGGAGUUUCUCAGUCCUUUGGCUGAGUUCAAGAAGGAGAUGGAGGACCACCUGCCUCCCUCAGACGGUCAGGCAGACCAGAUGUUUUAUUCCACUGUGUCCAACCUGGACAGAAAUCCGAAUGUCUCCAGUGACGACGACGACGAUAUCUACUGUCCUGGUCUUCCCAGUGGAGGAAAUGUCGUCUCGUGUCCAUCGAAUGAGCCUGAGAAGACGGCAGAAAGACAGACAGACCUGGAUGCCCAGAACAGAGACAGGCUCAGACCUUACCAGUUGGCAGAAAGUUGGAUGGGAUACUCGGGUCCAGGAUGUGGAAUACUGAGCCUGCAGGUGACAGAAAGGCAUGUCUGGUGUCUGGAUUUCAAAGGAGGACUGUUCUGCAGCUAUCUUCCUGAGACCGGACUCAACUGGCAACACUUUGAAGACAGUGUCCACCAGGUGGCGCUGUCCCCUUCAGGUAAUUUGCUGUGGAAGGUGGAACAGAAGAGCAUGACGGCGUUCGCUUGUGCCAAAGUGUUAGCUAAAGGAAAACGCCACUGGUACAAAGCUGUGGAGCAGACGGCCUUUGUCGCUCUGAGCGAUGACUCCGCCUGGAUCAUCAGGACCAACGGAGAUCUGUACCUGCAGACAGGCCUGAGCAUGGAGCGGCCCUGCGCUCGCUCCGUGAAGGUGGAGUCUCCAUGUGUGUUCAGCCAGGUGUGUGUGAGAGGCGGAGUCCUCUGGGCUCUGAGUGAACACAAAGCCUUGUUCUACAGAGAAGGACUGAACAGCUACUGCAGCGAGGGCGAGGGCUGGAAGUACGACACCGUCAGUGAAGCUCAGGGUCUGGAGAUGAUCUGUAUUUCUCUGGGAGACGGUGGAACCGUCUGGGCACUAGAUGCCAGCGGCAGCCUCUGGUUUCGAACUGGCAUCUGUUCAUCCAAACCGCAGGGCAGCGACAACCAUUGGUGGCAGAUCAGUAUUUCGGACUACGUGGUCUUCGAUCAGGGCAGUUUCUUCCAGACGUUGCUGCAGGCCACACAGAGCAUCGCCACGGUAACCAGAGCGCCGAUGGACCGGGUGGUUGCCUUUCUGUCACAGUACUCGCAGUGCCAGCCCAGCCUUGUCAGUGCCAACGGGAGUGGAGUUUGGGUGGCCUCAGGACAGAACCAGGUGCACCUGGCCCGCGGCAGCCUCGUGGGAACUUUCUGGCAGAAUGUCGUCCCCAGAGGAACAGUCUCAGCCACCAGGUGGACCUUCAUCACAUCUUCACCUGUUUGUCACGGUGAAGGUACAUUCCUGUGGUUGGCUCAAAGCAGAAAGGACCUGUUCUGUGUUCGAGAUCUGGAUGGAGAACUUCGCCCCUCCUCCAUCUCUCUUCCACCUGAGAUGGAGUUGGCUCACCUGUCUGCCUGCCAUGAUGCUUUGUGGGGUUUGGACAGCCACGGCCGAGUCAGCAUUCGAUCCUUGUCUUCUUCUUGUCCCAUCGGUCUUCAUUGGACCCCGUUGGACCUCAGCCAGCUUGGAAGUGUCCGUUUGGUCUGCGUGAGCUGUGGCAGUCAGAACGUUUGGGCCGUGGACAGUCGAGGACUCGUUUACUUCAGAGUUGGAACUCAGCCGCUCAAUUCCAGCAUGAUGAUGCCGGCCUGGAUCCCCAUUGACCUUCCGGUGCAGCCAGCCGGAGUGCAGCUGGUCAGCAUUCAGACGAGUCCUAAUGACCGACUCCUCUGGGCUCUGGACAACAAAGGAAGUGUCUUCGUCAGGACUGGACUAAGUGAUGAGAUGCCCGUUGGGACGGGCUGGGACUUUGUACCAGGGCUGGCUGUCCGUCAUCUGGUCCUCAGCUGUCGGACCGCGUGGGUUCGGUGUGUGAACGGAGAUCUGGCUCGACGUUACGGCAUUUCUGACAAAAACCCAGCGGGAGAUUACUGGAAGAAAAUCCCUGGGAACGCCAACUCCUUUACGGUUACCGCAGAAGAAGACUUGUGGGCGGUGACUCCCGUCGGCGGACUGUGCCGUCGGCUAACCAAGCUCCUCCCACAGAUGCCAAGCAGCGCGCCACGCUCGGACCCGGUCCUGGGAGGAGACAAUGUUGACGAUGAAUGGGAGCUCAUCUGACCCGCUUCAUCCAGUCUGGGUCCACUCAGAGGGACACUGUGAUGUCACUUUAUAAACUUUUGGACGGACGGGAUUUGUCCUGUUUGAUGUCGAUGCAGGACCAAACACUGGACAGGUGAUG